AUGAUAUAUCUUAAGGAAUUGGCACAUUAUAAAAAUACAAAUUUCGAACAUCCUCAUGGAUUGCAAAUCUUCAACAAAGGUGUAAAAACGCAACACAAAACAAAAUCAUGGUUUGAAAAAUUCAAAAAUCAAACACCAUUUUGUGGAGAAUGCAUUGCUGGCAUACAACACGUGUGGAAGCCUGAUACACGUACUCCAAUACGUAUCUUUUGGAUAAUUGUGAUUAUUGCAGCUACCAUAGGUUGUAUAUUGAUGUUGUUGAUGGUGUUUCGUUUGCGGAAGGAACAACCAUUGGCAACCGUGGUGGAGACGGCACAUUUACCCAUCUAUGCCAUACGUUUCCCCGCCUUGGCUCUGUGUCCAUACAAUCACAUCAAUUGGUUGCGUUAUCAUGCAGCUGAAGAGAGAUAUCUUCCCAAAAAUUCCACAAAGGAGAUACGAGAAUCCUUCUAUCAUCUACUGGUGGCCAUGGAACAUGUGGCCUUCACCCAUCUCAUACCAAUAGGAGAAUUUUUAAAACGUGGAACCCCACCGCAGGUGAUUCGUAAUAUUCCCCUGCAUGAUCUGGCCCAAUUCAUGGCUUAUCGUUGCAACGAAGUAUUUGUUUGGUGUGAAUUUGACACUACCCGAUAUGAUUGUUGUAAGAUUUUUAUACGAGAGCGUACGGAGCUCGGCGUGUGUUUGGUUUUCAACUCUCUCGUUUCGGAAGAUUCAAAAAAGAUACAGUUAACCGACCCCAGUUAUCCUUGGAGGGCACGUGAUUCAGGCGAACCGUCCGGUAUAACGGUUAUGCUGAGGCACAAUGAAAGUUAUGUUAGACCUAAUAGUACCAUACCAUUUCGAGUCACUCUAUUGGUAAAACAAGCCGAAGAAUGGAAUCAGCAAUUUCAUCAUACAUUCUAUCCCAAUACCCAUUCGGAUGUAAUGAUAUCACCAACACUAACUGAGACUUCAUCAGAGGCUAGAAUCAUCGAACCGGAAAGACGAGAAUUCAAAACUGAUGAAUGUAAAGUAUCGGAUUUAGAUUGUCUGUACAGAAAUAAAGUUAUUUGA